AUGUUGUCUGCUGCGAAGGUGCGCAUUCAUGGGAUGCAAGAUGAUAAUUGGGUGAUCAAGGACAAAAUCAAUCAAUACAGGGGUCUUAUCAAGUUAUACGAACGUGAUCGUAAGAUUCAUGAAGGCGACUUGGCGAAGCAAAAGAAGCGGUACUCGCGCGACAUUCGUCAGCUUCGUAAAGAAAUCGCUGCGAAGCGGGAAGAGCUGGGGGUCGCUGUAUAUGGUGAUCGGCAAUUUCUUCGAAAUGCCUUCCAAGAUCACAGGAGACUUCAGCUCACCUACAUGAACAGCAAAGCUGAUAAAGUGCUGGAGAGCAUUCAUCAAGAAAAUUUCAAUAAAAGGAAACAGCUGGACAGAAUCAGAUAUACGAAGAAAAAGAAGAUGGAGAGAUUUCGUCUGGCUCAGUUGGAAGCGGCUGAGAUGAGAGACCGAGUCAUAUACGAAGUGGGCGGAAAGUUGCCUCCGGAGAAGAAGGAGCAGGCUGUGGCUAAUUACGUACAGCGUGCCAAUAUUAAGAAAAAUGCCGCCCUUGCCAUCAAAGUCAUGUAUAAGAAAAUUCUCGACAUAUUAAAGAAGGAUUCAUCAUACUUUACCGUUGUGUUAGAAGCACUGAAACUUGACUGCCGAGCACAAGCCAAGUGUCUCAUGGGUGCCACCGAAAUGGGUCAACUUGCCAUGGAAUACCUUGACGAUAGAAAGUACGAAUACAAUAAAUUAGAACGCGAGAUCAAAGCCAACAUGAAGGAACGAGAAAGGACGCUGAAGUUGGCUCGCCGUGAAGUCGCGUAUUUGACAGAUUCAUUUCCUAGUCUCAUAAGGAAAGAGGAAGCCACAAACCUCGACGACUUAUAUGAAGAUGAAGAGGUUGGCAGUCAUCAUUCUUUACAUUGGGAGCUUGACGAAGUUAUGAGGAUUUGCAAACGUUUACAGAAAGCUACUCUAGUUUCUUCGUUUGAUCAAAUACUCCUAAGGUUGAAAGAACAACGUUACCAGUCAAGCCGGUUGAUGAUGGCUUUAUCUCUGAACAGUGAGAAGCGCGACACGCUGCUUGAGGACCGCAAACAUGCCAUUCUGAUGCUUGACACACUCAAGAAUGUUGGACAAGAACGGACAGGCUUAUAUUUGACGGAAAAGAGACAACUUCAAUCUCAAAUGGAGGCUGAGAGUCGCGAGGAAGUGGAACUGACAAAGGCCCUCGAUGAGAAGGGCAGACUCAUUAUAGAAAUGCGGACCUCUUUGCAACAAAUUAAUGAGUUACUCUCAUGCGUCGGUGCGGUAACUGAGCCCAGGUCGUUCACACACAUCCCGACGGCAGUCCAGUACGCCCUGGAAGAUAUUUUACAGACCGUCCCGCGCCCUGAUUCAGACUUUGACAAGCUGAUAGCAACCGCUAAACAGAAGUUGAACGUGCUGAUCCAGGCUGUGUCCAAGAUGGAAGUCACACCAGAAUUGAAAGCUAAUGCGAAUCAGUUCUACCAUCAAAUACUAGCAAGAGCUAUGAGGGAGAGCUAUGAAGACGAUGUCGUUCUCGAAGGAGGUCUAAUUGAGUUUGAAAUGGAAGAUCCGAAUGUACCGAGCCGAGCCAUCAUCAAGCUGCGCAGCAAGCAGCUUGUAGAUGCACAAGUCAGCGAGUUCGAUGUACCAGAUACAACUAAGAAGUGA